CACAAUGGCAUGUUUCCCCACAAACGUGUGCACGUGAUGUGUCUCGUCUGGUCUCUACGUGCCCCUGCUGAUCUCGCGAGACCGACCCACCACAUAAAUCUCGCAGUGAUGGCUGCGCCGCCCGACACGGAGAGUUUGGAGUCUCGUAUCAACAGAGCCACAAACCCACUGAACAGAGACACAGACUGGAGCAGCAUCCAUGCCUUCUGUGACCAACUCAACAAUGAUCUGGAGGGACCUCAGCUGGCCACCAGACUGCUGGCUCAUAAGAUCCAGUCUCCACAGGAGUGGGAGGCCAUGCAGGCGCUGCUGGUCCUGGAGACGUGUAUGAAGAACUGUGGCAAACGGUUUCACAGUGAAGUGGGCAAAUUCCGUUUUCUCAAUGAACUCAUCAAAGUAGUUUCUCCUAAGUACCUGGGCUCAAGGUCACCAGAGCCGGUAAAAAAGAAGGUUCUGGAGUUGAUCUUCAGCUGGACCCUGGGUUUACCUGAUGAGGCCAAGAUCACAGAUGCUUAUCAGAUGCUGAAGAAACAAGGUAUUAUCAAACAAGAUCCAGAGCUGCCGCCUGACAAACUCCUGAACCUUCCUCCACCCAGACCUAAGAAUGCUAUCUUUGAGGACGAGGAGAAGUCAAAAAUGCUGUCUCGCCUGUUGAACAGCUCGCACCCCGAUGACCUAAAAGCCGCCAACAAACUCAUCAAGGAGAUGGUCCAAGAGGAUCAGAAGCGAGCUGAGAAGGUGUCGAAGCGAGUGAACGCCAUCCAGGAGGUGAAUGAGAGCGUCUCCCUGCUGACUCAGCUCCUGCAGGACUACGACCCCACCGCCGACAAUCAGAGCAACGCUGAGCUGCUGCAGGACCUGUACCAGCGCUGCGAGAAAAUGAGACCUACACUGUUCAGACUGGCGAGUGACACGGAGGACAACGACGAGGCUCUGGCUGAGAUCCUGCAGGCCAACGACAGCCUGACCCAGGUCAUCAACCAGUACAAGCAGCAGGUGAAGGGGGAGAUCGUCAACGGCAACAACACGUUAAACACACACAAGCAAACAGGAGGGACGGCUCUGCUGGAUCUGUCGGGGUUGGACACGUCGCCUCAGUCCCCACCGUCUUUCCCAGAGUUCCCCACUCCCACAGACAACGCCCCCUCGCAGGAGAUGGGGAUCAGUCUCCUGGACGAUGAGCUCAUGUCACUCGGUUUAAGUGAAGGAACACACACCUCCAACCCCCCCUCACAACCUGAAGACUCCACAGCCUGGGACUCCUUCCAGUCUUCUGACAGCAUAGACGCAGACAUCCCAGCAGCACCCUGCCUCCUCCUGAGUCCGGACCCCACCUCCCUCUCUCUCCCCCUCUCCUCCGGCUCCACCCCCGGUAACUCCGCCCUGGACGAGCUGGACCUGCUGGGGAAAACGCUGAUGCAGCAGUCCCUGCCUCCAGAGGGCCUGCAGGUCAAAUGGGACAAGCAGCAGUGCAAACCCACUCUGAGAGAUCUGCAGAGCAAGUCCGGCUGCAGCAUCACCCCCACCCCCAUCCCCAUCCCGACCUUCGCCGCAGACUCCCCCGCUCCUCUGCUCAGCUCUCAGCCCAGCCUCGCAGCCUCAUUGCUGGACAUGUCCCCGACCCACAGCGAGAGUCCCGCUGCAGAGGUCUCGCUGACGGAUGUUUUUGUACCGCUAGAAUCCAUUAAACCCAGUAGUCUGUUACCUGUGACUGUGUUUGACGGACACAGUCUGCGGGUUCUCUUCCACUUCGCUCGAGACUCGCCUCCCUGCCGCCCCGAUGUGCUGGUGGUGAUCAUCUCCAUGCUGUCGUCCGCUCCGGUCCCCGUCACCAACAUUCACUUCCGGACUGCAGCUCCAAAGUCUAUGGCGGUGAAGCUGCAGCCUCCGUCAGGAACAGAGCUCCAGGCUUUCAACCCCAUCCUCCCCCCUGCUGCCGUCACACAGAUCCUGCUGCUGGCAAACCCAAGCAAGGAGAAGGUGCAGCUGCAGUACACACUCACCUUCACCAUGGGGGAGCAGCAGCACAGUGAGGCCGGCGCUGUAGAACAGUUUCCUCCCGCAGAGACGUGGGGGAACCUAUAGCAUUCAGACUCAAAACACAACCUGAGAGACUUUCUGACUCCGCCUCCUUCCAACUCGACACUCACCAUACGCUCGAUUUUCCUUUUCUAAAACACACUCUUUUGUGUGUGUGUGUGUGUGUGUGUGUGUGUGUGGAUGGAUCCCCCUCAAAGUCGUGCAGUCUCUUUUUCUUUUUUUAAAGACGGUGCUACGAAGGAAGAAGAAAACAUCAAACUUGUGCCCUUAUGUUUUCCACUUGCAGCAGUCUCAAUCGCCCACCCAGAGAGAACGGACGUUACAUACAUGCGGCUCAUGUACUUCUUGUAGUGUGUAUUUGUGGAGUCUACUUUUUGAUUUGCACAGAAUGAUUUUUGAUUGUAUACGGUUUCCUUUCUUCAACGAUCAUAUUUUACUGUAACAUCCGCCAUACGUGCCUCUUUUCCCGUUGUAAUUUGAACUUUUACUGCGUUUAGUUUCUCAUGUUACACAUCACAUCCAGAUAACCUGAAACUCUUAAUAUAUUCAGAACAUCUUUUUUAGUAGUUGCAUUAAAUAGUUUCUUUAGCGUGUAAUUUAAGCAUUUAUUAUUUAAGCAUUUAUCGGGUGAAUAUCACUAAAGGUGAGAUGAAGCCGGAUGUUUUACAGACUGUGAUGCAUGAACACUUCUUCCUCCUUCUCCUGGCUCUCAUCCACAUUCCUCCACACUACUCUCUGAUGAUGCGACCGCUCUGUAAAUACCACUGACGGCGGUCCUGUUGUGUACAUUUGACUCGUGAGAGCAUAACACUGGUAAAAUAUUCCAAAUGGGUAAUAAAGUUUUUUUUCUUGGUGA